AUGGGUAAAGUUGAUCCAGAAAUAAUUUUAUUUGUUAUAGUCCUUUUGCCUUUGAUCAAUACACAAAUGGGGCAAAAGGGCUUCGCCUUAGGCUGCCUUAAGCGGGAACGAGAGGCUCUCUUCAAGUUUAAGGCGAGUGUCUGGUAUGACGAUGCCAACGUUCUGUUUUCAUGGAAGGGGGAUGAUUGUUGUACCUGUCACAAUGUUACCCGUCACGUGUUUAGGCUUGAUCUACGGGGUGAAUUAUCUUGGCUAAGAUUCUCUCAGUUGGAUCCUAAUUUGCUUGAACUUAAACAACUGAGGUACUUAGAUUUGAGUGGGAAUGAUUUCAAUAAUAGCUGUAUCCCGGAGUUCAUUGGCUCAAUGAAACAUUUGAGGUAUCUAAACCUCUCAGGGGCAGAGUUUGGCGGGGUCGUCCCUCCACAACUUGGCAAUCUUACUAGAUUAAGGGCUCUAGAUCUUCAUUAUGCUAUCCAAGGUUCUAAAUCGUCCAAUCUCCUCUGGCUAUCUUCUCUUUUGAAUUUGCGGUAUUUGGACAUGAGUGGCAUCAAUAUCACUACCAAACUCACUGCAAAUAUUUGGCCAACUUCCUUUGUUAGACUUGCAUCUGUCAAGAAGAACAACUUAAAAGACUCAGUCUCUCAUAUUUUCUCCAACUUGACCUCCCUUGAAUACCUUGACCUGUCUUAUAACCUAUUGAAUGGCUCCAUCCCACUCUGGCCGCUUAAGAGCAUAAGAGGUCAAGAAUUUCUCAUACUUUCUGGCAAUUCCUUCUCAAAUCCUCUUUUCUCCCAUUCAACUCCACCUUCGACUAUCCAACACCUUGAUCUUUCAGGGAACUACUUGGAAGGGCCAAUCCCUCGUUUUUUAUCCAACAUGACCUCCCUGAGAUUCCUUGGCCUCUCAAAUACCUAUUUGAAUGGCUCCAUCCCACUUUGGCUUAGUAACAUGAAAGACCUUGAAUAUCUUGACCUUAGUAGGAAUAGUUUUAGUCAUGUUGAGGGAGGGACAAUUAUGGGCAUCUUGGGGAAUUUAUGCCAUCUUAAAUCACUCGAGUUGCAAAAUUCUAGUGUAGGAGAGUAUUUGGAUUUGUCCUUUAAUAAUAUCACAGAUACCUUAACGUACUUGUUAGGAGAGUUCACAAAGUUGAAUAUUUUAAGACUUGGUUCAAGUAGAUUUUAUGGUCCAAUUCCUCCAUCCAUUGGAAACUUGUCAUCACUGAUUGAGUUAGAUCUAAGUAGUUGUAAUUUAUGGGGAACCAUUCCUACCUCUUUAGGAUCAUUGUCAUCCUUGGAAGUAUUAGACCUCUCGUCGAAUAAGCUUCAAGGUGUAGUGUCUGAUUCACACUUAGCCAACCUCUCAAGUUUAAAGUUUUUAGACUUGAGCAAUCAUAAUGCUUUAAAAAUAAACCUCAACUGGAACAAGAUGCCCACGUUUCAACUUGAGGUACUUCAUAUGCAGUCCUGUAAAAUUGAAAACCAAUUCCCUCAAUGGUUAACGAUGCAAAAAAAGCUCUCGGCAUCGAACCUUUCAAAUACGGGGCUCUUUGGAGAAAUAAUUAAUUGGAUUCCAAAUGUUAAUUUGCAAGAGUUAAAUCUCUCCAAUAAUCACAUUAUGGGACCGAUUCCAUAUUUUUUUCCAUCUUCUCAACUAAUUAACAUAGACUUCUCAUAUAAUUUACUUUCUGGGCCUCUGUUCAAUAGUUCAUCCUCUAAGAAUGGUGUAGUGGAAGUUCCAUUAUGCCAUUUAGAGAAUUUACAACUCUUACAUCUUCAAAGUAACCAACUCUCUGGUUCAAUCCCUGAUUGUUGGGGCAACUCAGAAGGCUUGAGUGUUGUUGACCUUUCCUCUAACAAACUCUCUGGAAGUAUCCCCAUGACUAUUGGGCUACUUCCAAGUAUGGCAUAUCUUAAACUGAACAACAACUCCUUAGAAGGCACUCUACCUGCAACACUGAAUGAACUUUCGCAGUUGGUGAUUUUGGAUCUUGGUGAAGAUAAACUAACUGGGGAGGUUCCAAAUUGGGAUGCAAAAAGUCACCCUUUUUUGCAAAUUUUUAUCAUGCGAGCGAAUCAUCUUGAAGGUGUUAUUCCAUCAAGAUUGUGUUUGCUCCCUAGCCUUCAAUUCCUUGACCUUGCAAUAAACAAUUUGACUGGAAGCAUCCCUAGUUGUUUUGGCCAUUUGAAGAGUAUGAAGUCAUUGCAUACCGAUGAAAUGGCGUUUAUAGCUUCAACUUACGAAAUGGCGCCAGAACCAGCACCAGCACCAGGAAUUUCUUUGCCCGGGGGAGAAUGCUGUGGUGGUCUUGAAAGGGGAAGAACUACUAUACACCACAACGUUGAAGCUUGUAGUGAACUUGGAUCUCUCAAGCAACGACUUAGUGGGAUCAAUACCCGAAGACCUCACAAAUCUAUUUGGACUCAUUGGUUUGAACUUGUCCAACAAUCAUUUGACAGGAAUUAUUCCUCAGAAUAUUGGUGA